CAAACAAUGUAUCAUCAUCAUCAUCAUCAUCCACAAAAUCAUAAUUCACAUCCACAUUCAAUAAUUUCAUCAACACAUGGUGUCAGUGUUGGACCACCAGUUCCUUCUCAUCAUCAUUCACAUCAUCAUCAACAGCAGCAACAAUUACAACAUUCAAAUCAUCAUUUAAUGAUGAUGGAUCCUCAUCAUCCACAUCAUCAUCAUCAUCAUAUUCUAUCUACAGCAAAUCCAUAUGGUGGUCAUUUUACAAAUGGUGAUUUAGCUAUCGUAGUCCAACAACAACAACAACAACAACAACAACAGCAACAUUCAAAUUUGCCAUUAUGUCUUGAUAAUGGUGGUGGUGGUCGAACUAAUCAUCUAUCAUUGAAUGCAUCACCACCAAAUCAACAGCAACAAUUAUUGUAUCCAACAACCACCCAUACACCACCACCACCACAUACACCUAAUCCACAACAUCAACCACAAUCAUCACCAGUAUCAUCAAUUCAUUAUGGUAAUAAUGGUAAUAGUAGUGGUCAACCAUAUCCUCGAUUUCCGCCCUAUGAUUGUAUUAAAACUGAACCACAACAGCUGAUUAAACAUUCUGAUACACCCACCGGAUCUGUUUCAAAUAAUAAUAACAAUAAUUCGAUAACACAAACAAAUAGUCAGCCAAAUGAUCCAACUAGUCCAUUCUAUCCAAAUAAUACAUCAACACCAAAUGCUAAUGCUAAUAAUAAUUCAGCAACAACACCAACUUCCUGUUCGAAUAGUCAACAACAACAACAACAAGCACAGAUUCCAUCAUUAGCUGCUACAGCACCACCACCAUCAUCAUAUGAUUGUAGUGGUCGUGGUUCAAUAACACCACCAUCAUUAGAUGGUUCAAAUGGUGGUUUCGGUAGCUGUAAAAUAUUAAGCGAUGGUAGUAUAACACCAUUAGGACCUAAUUCAUCACCAUCACCAAAUUCAUCAUUACAUCUUCAUCAUCAGCAACAAAUUUAUGGAAUUGAUAAUAAUGGUGGUGGUCAUUCAUUAGGAGCCGCUGGUUCGCCGGGACAACAAUCACGAUCAGCAAUUUCAUCACCAAUUUAUCCAUGGAUGCGAUCACAGUUUGAACGGAAACGAGGACGACAAACAUAUACCCGAUAUCAGACAUUAGAAUUGGAAAAAGAAUUCCAUUUUAAUCGUUAUCUAACACGAAGACGACGUAUUGAAAUUGCACAUUCAUUAUGUUUAACGGAACGACAAAUAAAAAUUUGGUUCCAGAAUCGUCGUAUGAAAUGGAAAAAAGAGAAUAAAACAAAAAUUGAUCAUCAAAAUCAACAAGGAAUACCGAUCGGUACUGGUGGUGGACCACCAGGUUCAAAUGGUAGUGUUGUUGGUGGUGGAUCAUGUAUGGAUCUAAAUCAUAUUGAUAAUGGACAUCGAGGCUAAUAAUCACAUGCACACACACAUAUACUAACAAUUUACUCAAUCAAUCAAUCAAUCGAUUAAAAUGAAUAUAAAAUGAGAACCUUACUCAGGUCAGUUAUUUACACACACACACACACACAUCAACAACCGCUAUCUCACUAUAUGUCAUUUAUACGUAAAAAAUUCAUUUAUAAUAAAUCCUAUGAUUCGACCUCAUUUACAUACACACACACACACACACACAAUUUUUGUCUCUUAAACUUGGCAUUUUUUGGCGCUAAACAACAACAAAUAUUCUUGACAAGAAUAGCGAAUACACACACACACACGUAUUGUAAAUAUCAAACAACAACAACGAUGAACAUUAAUUAGAAAUCGAAUUCAAUUCAAGAUAGAUAACAAGAGAUGUGUGUCCAUUUUUUUUUUGUUUGUUUCAUUAUUCAAAUUCAAUUUUUUUCCCCAAUUUUAAAGUGGGAUAUAUAUAUAUAGUGCACACAUUAUGAUAAUUUCAAAAAAAAAUUUUUUUGCACGCCCACAUUAUUUAUUCACACCCAAAUGAUGAUGAUUUUUUUUUCAUAAUUAAUAUAUAUACCUGAUAACAUAUUCAACAACAAACAAACAAACAAACAAACAAUAUACGUAUCUCAAAAUACACAACAUUUUACGAACAAUUUACGAAUUUACCUGUUGUGUUGAUUUUUUUUUCUGGCAUUCAUCCUUGAAACUUUUUUUUUGCAUACUCACACACACACACACACACGUAAAUUUUUGGUCCUUGAGGCAAAAUAAUUCACAAAAUAUAAAUAUAGAUAGAUAGAUAGAUGAGAGAGAGAAAAAAAACGGUUCAAUCCAUGAAACGGUUUUUUUCCGAUGAAAUAAAUUGGAAAUUUUUUCGAAACGAAGAAAAUGAUAACCCACACACACAGGCACACCAUGUUUUGGGCCCCGUAUAAUAAUCUUAAAAUUCGUGCACAAACGCUGCUUCAUUUUUGGGCCUCGUGUUAAAGCGGCUAGUCUAAAAUUAGAAAAUCUCUUUUAUUAUUAUUAUUAUUAUUAUUGAAGGUUUUAGGGUAACAAAAAAAAAUUAUUUGGCCAAAAUUUACCUUUGGGUGAAAUUUUUUUUUUAACUGAUAAUUUUUCGGUUCACUUUAAAUAUUCACAACAUACACACACAUAAACUUUAGGUGCAAUCUGCUCUUGAUUUUCAAUUUCCCUUACCUUAUUCAUUAUCACAUUUAGUUAUCACACAAAGUCAAAAUGUUUUUCUUUUUGUUUCGUUUACCUGGAAAUUUUUCAAAAAAAAAGAUACACACACACACAGAGAGAGAGACCAUAGGAAAAAACACACACCAAGAACUAGAACAGUAAAAAAUCAAUCAAUAUGACCAUUUGAUGGCAAACAAAACGUUGUGUGUGUGUGUCAUCAUGAUGAAAGUUUAAAAUAUUUUCAAGUUUUUCAAUAAAUUUGAUUGAAAAAAAAAAUUUGAAACAUUGAUCUGCAAACAUAUCAGCCAAUUUUUCACUCACUAAAAAUUGAUUCAUCAUCAAGUCAUUGAUGAUUCAUUUUAUGUUUCGUUUGUGUGUGUGUG